GUGGGAGUUUUUCUCCGACAGAGGGCGUCGCGGCAACUCGAAUAGAGGCGGGCUUUAGUGCAAGUGCUCCAAUCACAAGCCGCCGGGGUCAAAGUUGAAAGUUGAAUUUCAAUAUGGCUGCCAGCAAGCGAGUAUUAUAUGUUGGUGGCCUGGCAGAGGAGGUGGACGAGAAGGUUUUACAUGCGGCUUUUAUUCCGUUUGGAGACGUCACAGACAUUCAGAUCCCUCUAGACUAUGAAACGGAGAAGCACCGAGGAUUUGCGUUUAUUGAGUUUGAAUUGGCAGAGGAUGCUGCAGCAGCCAUUGAUAACAUGAAUGAGUCUGAGCUUUUUGGACGGACUAUCCGGGUCAACAUUGCUAAGCCUAUGAGAAUCAAAGAAGGUUCAUCUCGACCAGUUUGGACGGAUGAUGACUGGCUGAAGAAGUUCUCAGGAAAGACUGCAGAGGAGGCCGCCGCAGAUGGAGCAGGUGGAGAAACAACCAAAACUGCAGCACAGGAGGAUCAGCCACCGGCUAAAAAGGGAAGAGUGAAUCCACAGGUCUACAUGGACAUCAAGAUUGGAAACAAGCCAGCAGGAAGACUACGCUUCCUCCUCAGGGCUGACAUUGUUCCCAUGACGGCAGAAAACUUUCGCUGCUUGUGCACACAUGAGAAGGGCUUCGGCUACAAGGGCAGCAGCUUUCACCGCAUCAUCCCUCAGUUUAUGUGCCAAGGAGGCGACUUCACCAACCACAAUGGCACCGGUGGGAAAUCAAUUUAUGGUAGAAAGUUUGACGACGAGAACUUCGUCCUCAAACACACCGCUCCAGGGCAGCUCUCCAUGGCCAACUCAGGGUCAAACACAAACGGUUCUCAGUUCUUUAUCACCACUGACAAAACUGACUGGCUGGAUGGGAAACACGUGGUUUUCGGGGAGCUGGUGGAGGGCAUGGAUGUGCUUCGUGCAAUGGAGGCUCAGGGAACAAAGGAUGGCAAGUCAAAGCAGAAAGUGAUAAUCUCUGACUGUGGAGAAUAUGUGUGAAUACAAUAAAUGUCUGCUUGUAUGUGUGUUGGGUUUUGGUACAUCUGCCAUGUAAAUAUUUCAAUAAACACCUUUUUUAAAUAAAGAAGCUCAAAAUUAA